GAUUCCACCAGAGAAGUCCAUCACUCUGUCAUACGUAAUGGCCCCAAGGCUGGCUCGUCGUGGUGGAGUGGAUGAGCCAUUUGCUUGGGAAAGCAGGGAGUAUCUGAGGAAACUCUGCGUAGGAAAGGAGGUCACAUUUAGAGUGGAUUACACUGCUCCUAACAUCGGACGAGUAUUUGGCGAACUAAGUGGUUUUGAUGCAAAAAAAGGCAAGAGUCUGGAAGCCACUCGUGUUUACUUGCUUCCAAGUUUCCAUGGCCCUUUAUUCUGUUAGAAAGUGUUCAAUCGAUAAAACAUCUUAUUUUCUGCCAACUUAGGAACCUGGUGCUGCCGAAAAUUCGAUACCAGAUCUUCCACCUUCAGCAAUUGGCGAACUAAGUGGUUUUGAUGCAAAGGGUUCGUCCAUGGG